GGGUUCCGACAUCGUCUUUUUUUUUCCGCGGUUGGCGACUUUCAUCAUGUCGCAGGACCGGGGGAAGGAUCCGUCAGACUCGCUCACGACCGCCCGACAAGGUCAUAACAGGAAGACGUUUGACUCGUCGUUCAAGGUCGACCCGACAGUCGACGGCAAGCGGGACGACCCGGUGUGGCAUUUCGUGGCCAGAGGGCGUUAUUUGGAUGGGUUGACGGCGGCGGGCAGGACGAGCGGUCGUCGAUGCCUGUGCAGGUUGUGCGGGCGUUCGAUUUGUGGGGGCGCUAAAGCCGUCAGGGAGCACUUCUCGAAGAGCGAGAAGUUUCGAUGUGAGGCAACCACUCCUGCUGUGUGGAAUGCGAUCUGGUCGAAGGACAUGACAAAAUAUCCAAAGGAGUUCGUGUCGGUCAUAGAAACGUUGCAGAGCCACUUGCCAGGUCAUCCGAGCUUGCAGUGGCCACCUCUUCGAUUCCCCGAGGACGCAGUGCCGCCGCUGGUUCCUCCCACCGCUCCUUCAGGAGCCGUCGCAUCGCCCAAUUCUGGGGCUCCGGCCAUUCGAGUCACGGUACAGCGUCCUGCAACAACAGUUGCAACACGUCCGGCAGCCCCGCCGUCUGCGCCGCUGGCUGGGACACGAGGUGCUCGCGAUGUGGGAGUUGGUCGUUCCACGCCAGCCAACGAGCCCCCGCCUCUGAGGGAUGGUGUGGACUCUGCGGCAUUUGACGAGGAGAGCACACGUGCAUUUAUUGAGAGUCGCAGGUGGCGGGGGAGUGUCGGCAGUUCAGCGCCCGCGCUCGCCCCUGUUUUCAGGAGUGCUAGGCAGUCAGAUGCCGCACGAGGUGGUACUGCGGUGGCACCUGGCGCAUCACCCCGCAGUUCGUCGRAGCACCCCUGGCUGCCACCGCCACCGUCGAGGGCGGCGCAGCGUCCAAUGGUCCACCACGCUCACGGAACCGCCCACCCGGAUCCGUCACACGCACCUGCAGAUGCUCGACAUUCUGCUUCCGUGGCUCGUUUCGGGGAACAGGUGGAUCAUGGGGUGCCUGCCAAGGAGGUCCCCGCUCCGAGCGCGACACCUGUGAGCCCUGGCGGGUUGUUGGAUGCUGGGGUCCUCGGUGGGAGAGCUACGACGGGACGAUGUCGGGGCACUUACAGGCAGCAAGCCGUCACGUCAUAUUAUUCGGACCCUUUGGAGCGCGCAUGGCAUCUGCAAAUCAUGCGGUUCAUCGUCGAGAGCGGGAUGCCGUUCAACAGCACGAAGCUUGAAAGCUUCAAACGCAUGUUCACGAUGAUAAUCCCCCCGGGGGUUCCAGGGGCGCUCGCACCUAGACUUCCCUCGUACCACAUGCUGCGCACGACCCUUUUGGACGAGCUGGAUGGUGAGGUCCAGAAGUGUGUUCGGCCGGUGCUGGAUACGUCGAGAGAAACCGGUUGCACAAUCAUGACCGAUGGUUGGACCAACAUCCGUGGUCAGACGUUGUGCAACUACCUUGUUGGUACAGAGAUCGGGGUGGUGUAUGUGUCCACCGACGUCAUGCGUGGCAAAAAGAACGCCAGUGCCCUCGCGAACGCAUGGUUGAAAAGGGUGAAGUCCAUGGACAUUAAUUUGAGCGACAUCACGGCGUUCGUGACGGACUCCGCCGGGGUGAACGUCGCGGCGAUGGAGGUAUUCCAAAAAGAUGAGAGCGUGAAACACAUCUUCUGGAUUCCUUGCGUCGCCCACAUCAUGGAUCUCAUUCUUGAGGACAUCAGCGGGAUUGAUUGGGUGGCUUGCCGCAUUUCUCAAGCGAGGCUGGUUACAAGGUUCUUCAAGCGCCAUGGACAUGCGAGAGAGGUUCUUGAGGCGCACUCGACGAAGACUCUUCUGCUACCGGCGGAGACGCGUUUCGGCACGAACGUCAUCAUGAUGGAGAGGCUGGUGGCACUAAGGGCCUUGCUGACAGAUGUUGUGGCCGACGAUCGCUGGCGCGAGACUGUUUGGUCGACCAGCAAGAUCCGCAAGGAUGCAGCGGARGUCACUGCAUGUAUCGGCUCCCCUCCAUGGUGGGAGGAUUUGAGAGCUCUGUGCAMGAUGCUAGAGCCCAUCAUGGGCAUGSUGAAGUUGGUGGWCAGCGACACACGCCAGAUCAGCAAGAUUCUGCAACGUUACGAGGAAAUGAUUGCAUCUUGUUUAUCCGCAUGUCGUGACAUUGAUCGGGAGCAGCAAGACGCUAUUGUGGAGGUGUUCCACAGGCGGCGCACCAUGUUCAAGACCCCCGCCCACACGGCAGCUAUGCUACUAGAUCCAGAGUUCCGGGACGCGACGCUUUGUGACGAUGCGGAGGUGCAUCAGGCCUUGGUCGAGGCCCUUGUCCAGUUCGGCUACCCGGAGGAUUCGCCGCAGCACCGGGAGGUCCAACGAGCGCCUGCUAGACGAGAUGACGCGCGUCGUGACAGAGGGUUCGACGGGUUCGGCGGCGACACGAUACUGCAUCCUCCAGAGUCCGGCACUCCCACCAUUUUUCAUGUCGGUGCACCGUGGGCGGUGGAGCAGGGGUUGGCGGAGGAGGUAGCAGGGAACCGUCGUGGUGGACCCCACGUCGCAGCUCAACGUAGUCUGGAGGGUUCACUCGAGGCAGCGUCUGGAGAUUUUUUGGCGCAGGGGGGUCAUGGUUCGCAGUUGUUAUCGGACGGCGUGUCAUCAGUCCAUCCACCAGAGGAGGGCCCGCAGCAAGAGCCACAUCGAGGGUCAGCGGAGACUUUAGAGAUGGACAGGGCGGGGCGGAGGGAGGUGACAGAGUGGACGAAGCAGGUCGAGGUGAGAAGAGACGAGGCAGCACGAUCAUCCUCCACGACGACARCUCCACAGCCGCUGAGGGCGGUGAGACCACAGGCGCCGACGAUCCUGAUGACUCCGAUUACGUCCCGAGGAUCCGUACGGCGGACGGAGAUGACGGCGGAGGUCGUCGCGUGAGGAUGAGGACUGGACCUGGCCCGGAUGGUCAUUGCACCCCAGCGGCACAUUUGCCGCCUAUUGAUCGAC